UAACAAAGCAGUGAAAUCUAAAUAUGAUCUGAUUUACAAUCUUCUGAUGACCUUGUGAUGUAGAGCUCUGAUAUAUAGAUAGAGAAUCGUCGUAAGACUGAUUAUCUAUGGUUUAAAUCUCAUAACUCAAAAUCUCUUAUAUGAUUUAUCAAUCCUUAUGUAAAGGGGGCUUAAAAUAAUUAUUAAAAAUGCUAUUAUGGUAUGGACGUACACAAGUUUUUGAAAUAAAUGAUGGUCUAUAUUUAGAUGAAUAAAUUUGGAAUAAUAGAAUUAUAUUGGUAUAAAGCCACAAAAAUAUUAAAAGAGAUUGAAUUAAUUAAAUCUGAAAUUAUGUAAGAAUAACAAAAUCCUGUUUCUUUAAAAAAGAAAUAAAAGGAAGAAAAGAUGAAAAAAUUGCUGAUGAAAAUGGUUUUAAACAUCCUGCGCAAGUUUUUUAAUAAUAAAGGACUUCCCUAUCACCCUUUAAUAACUUGUGUAAGUAUAAAACCUGGGUGUCCAAAUAGGUGUGCUUCUCUCCAGUCUUAUCCUAAUCAAUCGGUAUGGAAAUCUUUGACAGAGUUGCCCGAUCACAUACAAAAAGAAGUAGCAGAAUUUUUAACAAAAGAGUUAUAAGAUAAAUAAUAAAAAUUCUCCCAAAAUUUCUUGGUAGAAGCCUGUACAAGGAUUAAUAAUAAGUUUGAAUUUUCCAGUUUCUAUAAAGAGCCAACCCCUACAAAUAAUUUACCAGAUCAGAUUGAAUAAGAUUUUUAAGAAGAGUCAACCAGAGUGACUAAGGAUGAUGGAGUUAAGAUAAAAUAAAAGAAGUGGUCCAAAGGGCAAGACUUUGUAAGUGAAUCAAAAUAGAUUUCUACUUAAAUGAAAUUAUGUAAUGAACAUCCUCCGUUAGUUAAAGUAAAUUAAACUCACUAUCACAAAAUGAGGAGUCUUCUAGAAAAGAUUAACGAAUAGAAAUUUAAAUGGUCAAAAGAAAUGAAAGUCUUCGUGGAAGAACUUGAAAAGUUCAUUCAAAAUGAUCCAUUAUCCGGUUCUCUAAAGUCCUAGAAAAAGAUAAGAAAGUCAAAUGAUAAAAAGGAGUGUUAAUAACAGGAUGAUGAAGAGUCUAUUUAAAGAUCAAAAACACUCCUCAGUGAUAUUAAACAAGAAGAGAAUCCAGCAUAAGACUUUCUCGAAUAAUUCAAAUAAAAAAUUAAAUAAAUAGAACCUGGCAUUGUUAUGUACCUUCCAGAAUACUCAAAGGUAGAUCCUCAAUAUUAUUCAUAUUACAAGAUUUUUGUAGAUAAUUAUUACAAGGAGCUUUAUUAUAUGGUCAGAGUUGAGGAUAUGGUUUUAAAUCCAUAAAAUAUAUUAAGAACUCUUAAACAAUAUUCAUAGAAUUAGAAUUCUCCAUACCUAUUAAAGGAAGAACACUAAACUCCAUAGAAAUGAUUAUGAGUAUAUAUGAUAAAUUAAGUUAUUUCUAC